AUGGAGGGUUCCUCAGGGCCUGAGGUCCAGUUUCUUGUGAAGCAGAAGGCCAAGAAGCCUAGGCCUAAAACUUCUGCUGCACCCCCUCUGGCAGAUGACUCUUCAGAGGCAGUUGUUCGCCUGGAGAAACGUUCAGGCCGUAUGUCCGAUUCACAUGCUGAGCCCAUAAUGGAGAUCACCUUGGAUCAGGAUGAUAGCAUAUCCUUGGAGGUACUGCAGGCAUCCAGUAUGGAUGUCCAGAGGGAGCUUAUACUUGUGAUUACAGAGGGCCACAGUGGAAUCUCCAAAAUGUUAGUUGGAGAGGACGUGGAUUCUAACAUCAUUGAAGCCAGAUCUACGCUUGAUCCUCUGACCUUACACAUAGUUUUGAACUACAUGCUAAGAAGUAUGGCCUCACACAGAAAGACAGCAUCUCCUCAUUUAUGUCAGUCAUCUGCCAGGCAUGUUGCAUCAGUUUCUGGACAGGAAGUUGGCAGUACACAGAAAAUGACACCACAGACUACAGUGUGUCCAGCAGCAAAAUGCCACAGCCGUGGCCUAAAGCGGAAGCUUGAAGAGGCUGAGAACAAUAAUGGUGCGCCAGUAAUUGAGAAACAUCCAGAAGAUGUUGAGGGCAAAGUCAGUGGUGUUGCGGUCGGAGCCAAGAGGAUUCGUUACAGCACUGAGAGUGAUUACCUUGAGGUUCUUCAUUCUAAGACCUGUGCCUACGAAGUCCUGGAGUUCCUUGGCUGUGGGGCAUUUGGACAAGUGGUUAAGUGCCGGAAGCAGGGGACUGCAGAAGAGAGAGCUGUAAAGAUCCUUAAAAAUGAACCAGACCUUGCCGAGCAAGUGCUGAAUGAAAUUCAUAACUUGGCCCUACUAACAUCAUCAGGUGCCUAUGAGUACAACUGCAUUCGUGCAUAUGAAGCUUUUAAGUAUGAGGACAACACCUGCCUGGUGUUUGAGGCGUUGCAGCAGGAUCUUCUUACUUUUUUAGAACAGCAAAAGGACAGGCCUCUGCCCUUCAACCAUAUUCGAAUCAUCCUUCAUCAAGUAACAACAGCCCUGAUGAAACUCAAGAGCCUCGGUUUGAUUCAUGCAGACCUCAAACCUGAAAACAUCAUGAUAGCAGAUCCACUAAAGCAGCCGUAUAAAGUCAAAGUGAUCGACUUUGGUUUGUCACACCGUGUCUCUGAGGCAGUGUGUCCAGCCUAUAUACAGACCAGAUAUUACAGGUAG